AUAUGGCUUGCCCACGUGGCAGCCAUGUUCUUGUACAUAACAUAUAGCUAGCUGUGAAUAAGUAAACAAGACGAUCGAAGAGACUCAAGCAAGUAGACAUUUGGAGCCACUGGAGCCCCAUUGUGGUCCCUUUCUAGCAGCCAUACUAAAUAAUGGAGAGCACAAGGAAUCCCAUGCAGGGUUUCCCAGGUAGUCUAGGAGCUAACCAACCUGAGUCUGCCCUAGGCAAGAGGAAAGCUCCACCAGCUAAUGGCGUGCCUGAAAUUGGUUCUGUUGGAGUGAGUACAACAGGUUCUGGAUCUCAAUACCAUGGCGAUCCGGAGGAGAACAAUCUGUGGAAUGGAGGAGCUCCAAGACAAAAGAAACUCAGGCUCGACUUGCCCACAUUGGUACCCAAAGAGGACCUGGAUAAAGUAAACAAAGAAGUACUCAGUUACGUCGGCCCACGUGGUACUGAGGACGACUAUUACUGUACUCUGUGUCACACACGACUCAGCAGUGUCUCACAACUGGAACGUCACACAGUGGCCAUCGAGCACCUCCGUAGGAUAAUCAGUAUCAACAGAGACAAGCCGAAUGCCAACAAAUAUUGUGAAGUGUGUCAAUGUGCGUGCUCCUGUGAUGAUAUCUUCCAGAACCACUUGAAGGGGAGGAAGCAUGUCAAGAACAUGGGCUACUUCAUGAUGGGCAAACAUUUGAAAGUCACAACCAUUGGGGAGGACCUCGAGCAGCUGCUACGCAAGGACGUGAUCUCCGAGGGUAACGGCAUCACUCUGGGUCUCUCCAAUACUAUGACCGGCUUCUUUACCCUCAAGGGGCCAUUCAUUGGUUUACAACAUGCCGUAGAAACGGGUAGACCUGAAGACACCAAUCCGGGUUACAUAUGCACUCUGUGCAAUGUAGCCGUGGAUGCGAACAACUUUCAUCUUCACUUCACCUCCUCGGCACAUCGAGUCAAUGUGCUGAAAAGCGAUUACCCUGACAAGUAUGAUGCUGCCCUGAAGGUCGGUGAGACUAGCUCCACCAAAGGAGACUUCAACAAUCACCUCAGAGACGUAGCCACUGAGAUCGAGGCCAGAGAGGGGAAGAAAAUCGAGCUCAUUCGGAGAAGAAUUCUGAAAAGUCAAAGCAAGAGUGAUUUUGUGACUCCUGCUCAAAGGGGAUCUAGUCAUCCAAGGGGGCGUGGCAUGAAGAGAGGAAAAGGAGGUGCUCCAAAGUUUACACAGCAAAGUUCUGAAAGGGGUGCCCAUCAGUAUCACGAUAGUCGAGACUUUUCGGGGAGAGGUCGUGGUUUUAACGGCUCUGGAUCGAUUCCCCAGAUGGGUGGAAAUCAAGGAAGAAUACAAUAUCGAAAAAAUUCUGAUAAUUGGACCAACGAUAGUCAUGAACAAUUUCCGGCUAAAAGCCGUGGAGCUAAUAGAGGAGGAAUGCAAUAUCGAAACCAAUCGGACAAUUGGAGCAGUGACAAUCGUCAAGAUCAGUACAGUGGACGUGGGAACAGGGGGCACGGUUAUGGGCCAAGGAGUCCACAGUGGGGGGAGUCUAUCUCUCGUGGUAAUGGUCGCGGCAAGCAGAGAAGCUCCUCGUAUGGUGGCUACAAUGAUGAACUGUUUGGUGACUAUCCCUCCAAUAGUCGCUACAAUUACAGUGAACCGCCCAUCUCUCCACCGUAUAAUGGACCAAAAUAUUCUUCACCAACCUUUGCUGAAGCUCCACCCACUCAAGCGAGUCCUCUACAGCAAAACCAGUUUCAAUAUCCACCCCCUCAAAAUAGUUGGCCUCCUCCACGGGUACAAUAUCCUCACAACCCACAGACUAUGCCGAUGUACAACAGCCCGGCUCCACCACAAGUUGACCUGCCCCCUCAACGACUACCCCCACCCACUCAAAGAGUACCCUCACCCACUGAACAGCCACAGAAGUCUCUCUUGAACACACUGGCCAGGUCCAGUAUUAAGACAGAUGAUGAUUUUAAGGCUGCCUUUCAUCUGUCCACUGCACUAACCCAGGCAAUGCUCUCUUACAGACUCAACGACGUCUCUAACGACUCUGAGACGAGCCCUAAUGCUCUCCUGUCCAUGUUAAACAGUCUCCAAGGCAACAGCAAAGAGGGGGCUGGGAGCAGUGAGUACACAAACUAGAAACUUGAAGAGUUUUGUAGCAGUAUAGCUAGCUGUCAGGGAUUUCUUUGAUGAUAAUUAUACCCUUCCUAUUAUUUUGUGGCAAAAUAUUAUUGUUCAUUAAAAAUUGAAAAACCGAAA